AUGCCGAUUUCAUCUUUUCAUGGACUGAGAAAAAACUCAAUUCCUACAAAACCAUGGAACAGCACAAGAAGUUCCCCUCAGAGGAGCAGUCCCACAGAAACAAGAAAACGGUCAAUCUUUGGUGUGCCGCAGUUGUGGACUUCAAAUGAAUUUCAGGACGCGUUUGAAGAUGACCAGGAUAUUGAAAGAUAUUACAACAAGUGUAGUGGUUCGCCAGUUGUUAAUCAUACGCCGAAAAGCCGUGGAAAAACAUUAAGAAAACCCUCGUUAAAUUCUCAACCAAAUAGCGCCCGUAUAAAGAGAGUAGGUCUGAAAAGACGCGAAACGUUUCCAAAGUUUUCGGGGGAGUGUUCGCGUCGCAGUGAAGCAGCAAAAGUUUUGAGAAGAAGUCAAACAGAUCCGACAAUUUUUCCUGCUGAUAAAAAACCCAGAAAAGACAGCUAUAAACCUCUAAAAAGGCCGUCAUUGUUGUGGACUGUCAGCAAGAAAGAAGAAAAUUCUUCAGCCAAAUUUCGCAGACGAAAAGUAAGUUUAUACUCAUUCACGACCAGUCACUAUACAUACGAUAUAUUCAAGUAUAACUUGUACACUACACGAGAUUUUUACGUGAUUUAUUAAAGCCGGUCAUCCAAGACCCCAAUCUCUCAACUUGCAAACUGGCAGCAUCCGGACUAUUUAAUUUUUUCCAUGGUUUUGAAUUUCUAAAUUUAAUCCCAAAACUCGUAAACAUAGCGAUAAAAAUACCGGCUUAAUGUGGCAUAAACACUAAUAUUAUUGAUUGAGAUGAUGAAACCGCUUUGCUUUGUCAAAUUGUUUUGAUUUCAGGUUGCUACUGAUUCUGAUUGUUGUAACGCGUAAGAAAGGAUUCAGAAUUUGGACUUACUAUCUGCUGAAAAAGACUGAAAUCAUGUAUUACUAACCCGAAAUAAAUAGAGGGACUAAAUUACAAAAGGUCGAUUCUCAGACAUCAAUUGAAGAACCAAAGAAUUAUUUAUAACCACACAAUCCUUUCAGCGGAAGAUGUAAAACAAUAUAUAUGGACAACACAUGUGGAAUUUCUUUUGUGAGCCAAUCGCUGGUUCACGAGAAAUAAUGGAACCUGAGAACAACAAAAAGUUUGUCCUAGGGAUAAUGGAAUAGUGUUCUUUUUUGGUGUUGGUUGGGGGGCGGGGUUGAAUCCAUAAUAUAGAAUAACGAAAUAACGUUUUCAUUGCUCGAAUAUUGAGUAGAUUUAUCCAAUGCAAUAAUAACUUUUUGUCUUUACAAAAAAAACAACAUUUCCAAAUUCCAAUUCGAUCCGGAAUGCUCGAGCGUUUAAUACAGGAGCCUCGGGCUCUGGAGAUUGGGCAACCACUCCUCACGCUAUCGAGCUUAAAUAAAAUUGAUUUAAUUUAAUUUAAUCUGAAUCAAGAGAGAAUGGAAUAACGAAACAUUUCCCGCUAAAAUAAUGAACUUAUAAAAAUCCUAUUAUAGCUCUUCACUCCCUGCUAAGUUUAUGUCGGAUUUAUUCAGCAAGUCGUGAUGUUUGUUGUCAAAUGUUUUACUGGCCUAUUGUAGCUACUGAGAAAGAAGGGCUACGCUAGAUCUAAAAGAGUGCCCUUUUAAUGCUAUAUUUUUCAAUGUGACCUUAGGAGUUCCACCGGACUGUAAGGUCUUUCGACAAAAUAGGGAAAAUGUGAACAAAAUCUCAUAAUUUUCAUUGCAGGUGCGUACAGUUACGUGUGAGAUUUUAUUAAAGAAGCUAGGAGAAGCAAAACCGUUACAAAAGGCGCUGCUUUUGAUUAGACUCGUUACCAAAUGAGAAAAAGUUGGAAGAAUUUUUCAGUUCCACGAAUCAGACAACGAAAAAAAGGGAAACUAUUUAAUUAAAGAACUUUUCUAAUGCAUUAUGAUGCUUUUUAGCACGUGACCAUCCAGUACUAAAUAAUAAGGCAAAACUCAUGCUUUUUUGACGAUGUUCAAUUACUGAAUAAAAAAACUUCCGCCCUGGACUUUUAUUAAUUGAAAUUACAAAUUGACACUGGCUUAGGGUAACUGCCAGUUAUUUCUGACUAGUGUUUCCCACGCAGGCCUGCCGGAUCACAACAUGAAUCUUAGUCAAACUCUAAUGUAUGGUCCACAUUGCUCAAAUCAUUUGCAAGGUUCUCCUCAGUGCGAGUCUCACUUUUAAUAUUUUUCAGUUCGCUGCCUUUUUGCAUUAAAUCAAGCUCUCCUGUUGACAUUUUUAAAGACAUAUUUUUUAAAUAGUGUGUCUCCCGGGUUUUACUCCUGUCUGUUUGACUGAUUCGUGCUCAAUCAGCUCAUUCUGGUAUCUCUUCUUCAGCUCAAGUUCAUGUCAAUGUUGUUGUUGAGUGUUAGUUGAUGAAGCUACCGUACAUAAAUUACUAAAGGGGCUAAAGGGGCCGGGAGCCACGCGCGCGGUAGCCUGAGAUCAUGCUCUCUUCUUGUUAUUCCCAAGGAAAAAAAUGCCUGAUCGCGCUUACGACGGACGAAAGUUCAGGGACGCAAAUGGCCUUAAAACCUCUAAUAACCCAAGCUAAGAGCAGGCUCCUGGCUAGACUAUAAAAAUCUAGCACAUGGCCCCGAGGCUUUCUGGUUCAGUAUAUUUCCAGGCUAUAUUUUUGUGAGGUUUUCUGUACUUGGUAUUACGAGACAAAGAAAUAGUGAAGUAUUGGCAAUUUUGUCAGAGCCGUUGCCAGAAAAAAAUUAUGACCGAGGCAGUGCCCAUGGUUACAUUCUUUUCCCAUGUAUUUAGGGUUUCACGCGCGCGUAAUGACUGAGGCAAGUGCCACGGUUUGUCUCAUACUGGCUACGGCCGUCAAGCCACGGAGCCUGCCUGUGUACAGUCGCUCUGUCGCCUAAAAAAAUUGGUGGAUACGCGCUACCUCGCCCGGGUUAUGUAAGAGCUGUUUAGUAUGGUAUGUAGGUGGCCCGACUUGCGCGCACGUGGUUUACUGAAACCAGCAGAACAAGGAUCGAUCUUUUCCUGUAAAAAUCAUAUUUUUCGAAAAUACACUGUAUAAGGUCUAUAAUUGGCUCUGCCGAUAGUUGGAACAUUUUACAAAUGGCAGGAAAUGGAUAUUUUAUUGCUGUUAAAUUUCACCUUGAGGAUAGGUUAUAAAACCGAGUGAAGAAUGAGAGACCAUGAUCAAAGGCUAUCAUCAAGUUAUACUUAAAAUGUUAAGACGGGAAACAGAUCCUGACGGCAAUGCGAUUAAUAUCAAAGUCUGAAGCAGUUUGUCAACUUAAAUUUUAUAUAUUAGUUGUUAUUGUACUGAUCCAGGUCUACAACUGUGAGAUCCGGCACCACGCAACAGUUCGUCGUUGUCAGUGGGCUUGCUGCUAUUUAAUGUUAUAAACAGCGAUUAACUCUACAUUUAUAACAAGGAAGUUUUUUUCACAAAAAUAAAAGCUAUUUGCCAUCAGUCUCGUCCCCAGGACGAGGCGGCGGUAAAUGAGCCCGCCUGAUAAACUCAGCUUGUAAUCGAUGUGAUCAAAUGACUUGAGGCAUUUGAGCGUGACAGCACUGAGCAAUAUCACGAAGGUAAACAACAUUGCUGCAAGAAAGUUACUACUGUUUUAGAGGGAGGCAAUUUAUUUAGGAUUCAGGUGGGAUAACUGUUUAGUUGAUUUUUGAAUUCUGCUCCUUUGCGAGGACAUUGUGAGUAUGGUUUAAUGUUGAGCUUAUUUCGUGCAUGAAGCGAGAGACUCGCGAGAAGCUCGUGUCAUAUUUUUUUCAGCUUUGCGUGUUAUUAAAAUGAUAGUUGUGGAGAACAUUUGAGAGAUAGUGAGCUUAUUAUGAAGUAACAAGUUUACAAUAUCAUCCAUUAGUUUUCAAGAGAAGAUUGCUCGGCAGGGAUCCUGGUUCUUUCAAUAAUAAUCUUCCGGUGUUGUAAGUCGUUUUGAGCAACCUUCCGAUAGUGCGAUGAACCGUAAACUAUCCUGACAAUGAAGUUUAGUUUUAAUAGUCGUGUGUUGUUAUGAAUGUACCUGCGUUAACAUUUUCAAGAAUGUAUACGUUCAGAAAAGUAUUAACAUAUAAAGCCUACUGUGAAAAACAAUGACAGUUUGAGUAAUAUACUACGAAAUAUUAGCGCGAUCAUAGAUGCCACCGCGAUGUUCAAUUUCAUGGUAAUUUGUCGCCUUCGCUCGAGCUUGCAAGCUAUCGAAGUUACAUCAUCCUAAGUAAUGGCCUAGAAGCGAAUAAUUUCAAGUAAAAGGACGUUUUACGUUUGAUAAAACUUGCGCUCUGUAAGUCGUGUUUCGUCCGGCCCAAUGGCGCGCAAUUUUCGUGAACUUCAGAGGAAACCGUGAAUUUGGCAAUUUGAAGCGUCCACGUCGUUGUUAAAGUUAUUUCUUAAUACCUUUAACUUGUCGUGUAAAUUUAGUUUAGUAUUUGCCUGGUAAGUGUCUGUUUAGACUUUAAAUAAAAAUUUUAUUGUUUUUCGCGCGCCUGAAUAAACGUUACGCAGCAAAAUUCGAUGUUGCUAUAGCGAGAAGGUCCAUGUUGACUUAUGAAAGUCAUGUUUAUUCCGCAUUCACCGUAGGUUUCAAUUUUCAUUCAAUUUCUAAUAUAUUAUAAAUUAUGAAGGAUUAGUAUUUGGGUACUAACUUAUCUUUGUAAUCUCAUUUUUAUAGAUCAACAAAAGCCAUUCUCCGCCGUCUUCCAGUUCCCCUGACGGAAGUGUAGAUAGCAGUUUCUCAAGAAAACGACCGAGGCAGGGCGAUAAAGUCGUUUGCAUUUUGAAUAAAACACCACAGCUCGGGAUUUUAAAGUACAUAGGCACGACUCAUUUUGCAGAUGGCGAAUGGUGUGGCAUUUUAUUAGACGAACCCUGUGGGAAAAACGACGGAUCUGUUCGUGGAGUUCGAUAUUUUCGUUGUAGAAACAAGUACGGAAUAUUUGUCCAUUCGCACAAGGUAAAACGCGCCGAUGAAACAACUCUUUCAAGGUUAAAUUUGUUGGAUGGAUUUUCUAGUCCCGCAUCAACAGAAAAACCGGAUGAAAAAGGUCUAGAUACCACUAUAUCUAGGAUGUCUUCAAGCAAUGUGGAUAAAAUCAGUGGCGGAAACAAUAUUUAUAAUCACCCCGACGUGAAAUCUUUGAGGUUAACCAAGAAAAAUCGGUCAGUUUCUUUGGAUAGAAUUCUAUUCCAGAAAACCAAACAGCUGGCGAAAAGUUUGAAUAUUUUUAUACAGAAUGCUACCGAUAAGGGUGAUAAGAACAGCUGGGAUCCAAAUCGAAUUAACCGUUCUGUUUCAUUGCCUAAAAUCACCAAGAAUGGCCACUACAGUUCUACCGACGAUUGCUUGGCAGGCGAAAUGGCCCCUUUAGCAAAAGGUGAAAAUAUCGUUAAGGAAGAACGAAGCACUGCCAAUGGAGAGCAGAAAGGUUUUAAUAGAACCACCAACAGUACUUUUGAUUCUGGCUGUGAAAAAGAAGAUCUAAACGGUUCAAGAAAACCUAGUGAGUGUCAGGAUGGUUCAAAACAUUGUAAUUCUAGCAGGAGCCAAAAUGUUCCCAGAAGCGUGACUGCUGUGCCCAAAGUGGGUCAUGCUGUUUCUUUGGACACCCAUUUGUUGAUGGAAAAUGGACAGUUCACUUACACAGCAACUGACGCCAAUGAUGAAUUAAGCUGUCAGUCACAUUUUGGAAACAAGGAUGAUCCAUUUUUACAAGGACGGCAUUGUAGCUGCCCCAGUCUUCAUAGUGAUGACCAUUUUUCUGAAGCUAUAAAAACAUGCCUAAGCCUGGGACGAGCAGAAAGGCCAGUCAUUCAUGAAACAAAUGGAGAAACUGAAGCUACAUUAGAAACUGCACAAGUUUCUGGUUUCUCUUUUAAUCAUGGAGUUCAACCACAUUCCCAGUCUGAAGCUCUGGAAAAAUUAUUUCAGAAAACUGAAAUCGGUAGGAGUAAAUCUUCCAGUUCAAGAGAUGCUGACCUGGGAAGGAAAGGUAGCUGGCCAUGGCUGACUUCAACUCCUAAAAGCUCACUCAGAAGUUAUGGUAGCAGUGACGAUAUUAAUAGUGGAGACAUGACUGGCAAUGAUAAUGUUUUGGAUGAAGGUUAUAGACCAAUACUGGCACAUGCAAAACUAAUAUCAAGUCAUUUAGCUGAUAAGAGCUUUCGAUUAGAGAAAUCUGGCACCUUUUCAGGAACUGGUGAUAUCGUUGUAGAGAGUAAAGAAGCAGGGCCCGUGUCUUCUGGGAAAGACAGUGUUGAUUCAAGUUAUGCCAACAGCCCCUCCGGGUCUCAAGGUUCACUUUCAUCUACGGGAACAAGUGAUAGUAAAGGAAAGAAAAUACCUGCAAAGAAUAGAAUUCCUAUUAAUUCUGCAAAAAUUCCUGGUUCAAAACCAAGUGGCAUACAUGCACCAAAAUCAAUACCAAAGCAAUCUAAAUUAGAGCAAAUUCGACAACAGCAACAUAAUCGUAAGAGUGCUUUACCAUCAGCAGUCAAAAAAACACAGCUGGCAGAUCAGACUACUGCCAAUCCAGGAAAGAAAACUGACAGUAAAAUGACAAAAAGACACACACUGGCCACAGUACAAGGUGUGAAAACAUCUGUACCUCGGCCAUCUGUGUGCAAGAGACCUGUUAGUGAUGGAGUGGCAAGUUUAGUUGGGAAUUCAGACAAAGAACUUGACACUAUGUCAAAACUGCCGGUCAAGAAAAUGUCAAUGCCUCAGUUUUCAAAGCCAUCAACUGCGCUUCAUGAUGAGAAGAAUUCCAAAGCUACUACCUUGAUUCACAAGAGACAUAGUGUUGCUACAAGUCGACCCCCUACAGCACCUCUUGCAAAAGGAAACUCCUCUGUGGCAAGAUCCAAUUCCAAAACCCGAAAGCCGAGUGACGUUAAUGUUGUUCAGAAGUCUGAAAGCAAUGAUCAAGGAUCAGGUGUUGUUAGACAAAAGGUAACAGGUGCACAGCAGACACCUUCAGCAUCUGCGGGUCUGAAGGGUGUGGCAGCAUCUGGUCCCAAGUCUCAAACAUCACAUGCUAUCCAGUCAAGCAACCUCCCUAAAGGUAACUUAUGAGAGGGCUCUUUCUGAACUGGUCAUAGAUAUCUGUCUGUUAGUAAGUUUAAUUUUUUCACCUGUCGUCCCUACCAAAUUCUCGUCACUAAUCUCUAUGCAUUUAUUUUACAGAAUUAGUCGGGAAAAUUUGAUGACAGAGUAGAGCAUUUUUUCUUGUGGUGAUCAUUUUACUAAUUCUCAGAAACCUCUUCUCUUGAUUACCAAAAAGUGUACCAAUUGAUACGUUAGAAGAAAAUUGGUGUUUGUCCCUCUUGGGGCUUAAAAGGUUAAAACAAUAUGAUUUGUUUGCAAACAGACAGGUCUUGUUGGCUGGUUCUGGCAUACAUAAUAAUGAACAUGAAAAGUGACCAGUUAGGUCACAGUUUGCAUGCACAUGAAUCAAGUGUGUUUUAAGUGACUUAGAAAUGUUACAAUUUAAUCACUGGAUUGGUUCAGUUUCUAUCCUUGUUUUAAGUGUCCAGGGUGCAAAGAAAAUCAUUUUUACAGCUAGCCAUUCUGGCAAGCUGAAGCUAGCAUUUACUAGCUCAGACUUCAUUUCAGCUAGCCCCAAAUACUUUUUGACUAGCAGACUUGAUUUCACAGAUCUUCUGUUAUUCGAAUUCCUCAAAAAACAUUACUUGCCCAUUGGGCAAGUUAGAAACAGAAUUCACUGGCUGGAUAGCAAAAUCCAUCAGCCCAGGGCUAUCGAACACUACUUUCUUUGUACGCUGAGUGUCAUUUGCCUUUGUUUUGUAAUAUAUUAUGAUAAUAAGUUUGCAACAAAGGAAAACUGAUAAGGAUAAAAUUUAACCAAAAAAUAACAGGAAAUGGUUAUCUCCUGCCAGCCUGGUAACCGUAGCAAUAGGGAUCAGCUUAUGACACACAUGAAUACUGGUAACAGCAAAUAAUAUCCCUUAAAUUAUUCCAGGAUUAAGGAGAUUUUAAAAGAGUUAGACAUGAGUAAGAUGGUCUAAAGACUUAGUUUGUUAUUUCCUCUUUAGCCUUUGUUAAUGAAAUGUGCUUGUUUUUCUCAGCUCACCCGUACUAUGAAGUUUUCCAUCUAUUUAUUUAUAGCAAAUUGCUCAUAAAUCCCUUUUAUUUAUAAGCUUUGACGCUUAUUUACACGCAACUAUUUUUAUGCAGUUUCUGUUUGCAAAAAGGGUUACCUGUGAUUGUUAAAAAAUUGAUUUUGAAGCUAUAUAAGCAAACUUUAAGCCCUUAACUUUUUGCCAAAAAUGAAAGGUUGAUUGCAAUUUUCAAGUAGAAGUGUGAAAAAUUGAUGAACAAACAUACUGUACUUUUGUUACACAAAAACUAUACUAAGAUGUCUAUUCUUUAGAUGUUAAUAGAUAUUGUUUCAAAAUGCUGACAGAAAAAACAAAAAUAUCAUGACCACAAUGACCAAAAAAUGAAAUUAUUUUAUUCUAUACCAUGGCUGGAAUUGUUUUUAGUUGGCUCUUUGUUCACAAAAUUUUGUGUUCAGGGUGAUUUAUGACAUCUUAUGUCAACUUUAAAAUUAAUAAAAGUGCCAAGUUGCCCAUGCCAAAAACAUUGUGUCCAUAAUAUUAAAAGCAUCAUAAGCAUUUGAAAGAAUUCCAAAAUGUAGAGAAAUACCCGGUAAAUUAUAUCACAUGACAUAGGAAUUCUUUCUGUAUUUACCAGUUUCAUUUCUCCUACAUAACAUGUAUUGUCUUGUAAAAAAAUCAUUGGUACUAUUUCCAAAAUGUAUUACAAAUUUGCAAAUUAUAUAGAGAAGUCACUUGAAGAGAAAUUUAUAAGCUAAUGUAGCAACAAUGUCUCUUAAAUAUGGUUUACCAUAUACAUGCAAAGCAUACUUUUGUUACAGUAAACUUCUGUGUAAUAUUUGAAGUUUGAAUGGAGAUAGCAAUAUAAUGCCUCUCAAUUUGAAGAGAGUUUUUGUCACGUGAAAUUGACUAUUAAAAUUUUAAUUUAUUUGGGCUGAAAAUGCUACUUUGUUAGUUUAUUCAGAUAUCUUUGCUUUCAAAUCCUCCCUGAUUAAUGUAUGUCCAAAAAUAGGUCAUUCUUCUUAGUAAGGCCUUUGUCAGCGGAGAUUCAAUUGACCAAAGAUGUGUUAAUAUAAGGGUUAUUUUAAAAUUGAUAAACAUGGUAAUGAAAGCUCUGUUUUAAUCCAUGCUUUGGUGGUUUAGCGAGACUUCCAAUGUAAAAGUAUGAUAUGUUGUAUUUGGGCACAGAAGUCUCACAUCCACUAUUACUAGUCACUUACUUUGAACAUUUUGCUUGGAUCAUACCACUUAUAGAAAUAUUAUCUGCCAAAUUAAGCCAAGUCUUAAAAACAGAAGUACCUAUUGGUCAAUAAUGCUGUAGCACAGCUGGUAAAUUUGUAAAUUUUAACUACAGAUAUUACUACAGGCAGUCUUUACAAUUUCUUUAAAUGUUUUAUUUAUAAGUGGUUUUAAUUUCAUCCAUAAUUGAUGUUUUUCUAGUAUAUAAGCUUUGAAAAUAAUUUACUUUAAGCUUUUGUUCUUCCAUGGAAAGAGUUAUAAACUAUAAUUGUGAUUUCUCUACUUUUUCUGUGAUGAAUUAAGUGGGACAUGAAAGAUCCAGGUUGUUGUCGUUUUCUGCUUCGAUAUUUUUGCGAAAGGAAAGAAGCAAAGUCUGAGACAAGUAAAGUUUACAAUGAGCUGGAUGAUACAGUGUCAGGUAACAAAUUGAAUCUCUGGAUGAAUGCUAGUGAAGUGUUAAACAAGUUCUUAAAUUUGUAUUACCGGUACUCAUGGUAAAUGGGUUGAUUUGGUAAUAAUAUUUUUGCUUCAUAAUAAGUUUAAUGAUUGUUUCUCUGUAUUAUAGAGAAUUAUGAUUUCAAGAUUGUUUAAUGCAAAACAUUAAAGAUAGCUUUGUGUGAAAAAUUAUCUAAAAAAUUAUGCUUGAUGGUUGUCGCAUGUCAGCUAAUAAAAAGACACUAGUGAUGUUUAAGAGUUUUUAUUUAUCUCCUACAGCCUUAAAAAAUAUUAUAGAAAAGUGAAGAAAAGUGAGUUGUUUAAGGUGGCAAUAUUGUUUGUUUAAUGAAGCAAUUUCUUUGACCACCUACCAUAUAAAAACAUUAUUGAAUCUUCUUAGUUUUGAAAUAUUUUGGUCAACACAUUUAAGUUAGUAUGGUGUUAGUUGGUGCAUGAGUCCAUUGUUGUUUACACAGAAUUUUUCAUUCCAGUCUUUAUAAUGUUUUCAUUGUGUUUUUUUGUGGGGGAAGGGGAGGGUAGUGCUUGAAAAGUUUAAAAAUCCGUUGAGAUGAGUGAAAAUCUUAGUAGCAACUGCUAGAAACACUCUACCAACUUAUGUGCUGCUGGAUAUGUUAGCUGGAAAAAGUAAAUAACAGAGGCUAUCAUUUUGAAGCUGAAUUAUUAAUUACAUACAGUAGUUAAAACUGAAUUUGGGUGAUGUAAAGUUUUCUGUAAAGUAGUCUUGUGUUUGCAGUCUCAGAGGUAGAUUUCAUAAUAACCUUUCCAGCAUGGUAUUUCGUUCAGAAGAACACAUAACUACAGUAUUUUACCCAAAUUUAUUUAUGAAAUGUAAAUUUGAAAAAAUUGUUUGGCUGGGAAGUGGAAAUAAAUAAACACAUGUAAAGAUUUUGUGCCAUGCAGACACUUUGUUGAGGAAGAUUUAGUCAGUCUGUCAUCCAGUGAAUACAGGCCUAAUAAUAUCUCUAGUUAGUAUAACAAUAUAUAGACAUGAAUUACUUAAUGUGACUGUUACUUCACUGAUGCUAAAUGUUCUUUCAUGCUCCGCAAUGCAAAACAUCGAAAGUGCAUUCUUUAUCUUUUAAUGCUAUGAAUGAUGACCAUGAGAAUUGUCACAUAAAUGUCGUGGUUAGGAUUAAAAUAAUCAGAUUUAACGAAUUGCCAAAAAAAUGCUAUGCCAAACAAACUAGAGUAACAUGACUUAAAUGUUAAAUUUUUCAGCCAAAGGACCCCUUGCAAAAGAAGCCAAAAGCCGACCUGCACCUAUUUCCUCUAACAAAAAACCUGCAUCACAAACAGGGAAACAAAAACAGCCUCCUUCAAGUCAAAGACCAGGAUCCUCAAAAUUGCCCAGAAAACUGUCUGCAGCACCCAGCAAUGCUAGUGACAGUGCAUCUGUAACAAGCAGCAUUAAAGACCAGGAUAACUUAGAUGAUCUACAUGAUGCUGAUAUUGACACUGUGUCGGUAAGCACUGACACAUCAGAUCGUGAUACAAGGUUGCCAUCUUAUGGACAUUUCCAGCAAGAUGAAGCGGAUGGAAAAGUUGAAUCUCCUAUUGAAGUACCUAGCUGUAGGAUAAUGCCGCCUGAUAUCCUCAGUGAGACACCUUAUCUAAGCAAGCAUUCCAUCGGCAUUCAGGUUGAAGAUGAUAGCGACUCGAAGACUAUCCAAGCUCUCAAAGAAAAAGGACGACAUCUUCAUGAGCUGGUAAAACAGAGGACAGAGCUUUGUUGGCAGCUUCAAGAUCAAAUUGAUGAGGAUAGCCUUGAUUUUGUUUCAGCUUCUGUCAUGAUUCUUUCUGUUGUUCAUAAGGUAAGAGGGAAUGUUUUACUAAUAUCAAUGUCAUAGUCACCAACAUUAAAAAUAAAAAUGGAUAUGCUCAUCUUAUAUCUGACAUGAUAUUAAUUUUUUCUUCUGUGAAAACUCAGUUACAGUGGAGUCAAAGGUGUUCAGACCAACUGCAAAGGAAAAUACAGUCCACCAUGGAGGAGCUAAGUGUUAUUCAAGAAAAACUUGGUAAGCUUAGCUUUAUUUUGUUAAAUACCAAUGAAAUAUGCAGAUUACCAUGUAAAAGUGCUUUUGACAAGGUUUCACUACAAAUGGUCCCAUCCUUGGGAUUUGGUCCACAGACUUAAACGUUGGAACUGCUAUCUAAAUAAAAUAAUUAUCAAAUAGUACCAUGCAGUAAAACUGCCGAGGAGGAUUUUGUCUAGGGUGAUUCUCUAAUGAUCCUGCAGGUCACUCACUGUUAAUCACUCCCUUCCUUAUCUAAUGGACAACAAUAGCCAAAACAUUAUACCAGUUCUCUCUAUUGUGGUUAAAUUGUAUCCUUGGUUUGAAUUUUAUUUUCCUUUGUCUGAAACCUUUUAUCAUACAUAAUGGUAAACCAAAAACAAAAGAAAAAAUAAGCCAAGGGUAAAAUUGAACUACAUCAUCUCCCCAUUAGCUUUAAAGAGUUGAAAAGGUUCAUGUUUUUGUCUAUACAGCUGAAGAGGAGGCUAACAGUGUUAAGCUACAAGAGGAGAUGAUGUAUCAGAGCAGUGAGCAUGCUGUUGCUAUAGAAACACUUAAGGCUGAUUAUGAAAAUGUGUUGGAAAGGACAAGCAAUGAACUAAAGAUGAAACAUGAGGGAGAAAUUGCAUUAGGUAAGACAUUGGAUUUGGGAUUUAUCUUAAAAGUUAUCAAUGGAGCUGAAAUUAAGGAAUAACAACCUUGUUCUUAUGUGAGCAACCAUCCGUAAACGACCACCUACUGAGGAUGUGCAGAUUGGUAGUUUUUUAAGGGAGGUGGUUGUGUACCUGAGGUUCCUAUGUUUACCUUGUAAGUCCACAUACAAAUUGUCCAGAUUGAUCUCUGUCCAUUUACUUGAAAAAGUACUCGAGAGAGUUUGUUUAAAGAUCAAGGCAAUUUCCUUUGGGGAUCAUUUCAUCAAUUAUUGUAACCCCUCUAUGUGAUGUAAUGUAUCGAUGUAUCGAUAUUGUUAGGAGAAAAUUGAUGUUGUUUACUUAAGGUUCUUUGAGUGGGAAAAUAUUUUGGGUAUUUUGAAACUGAGUAAUCAGUUACUUAUGAGAGGUGCUCACUGCACAUAAAGGUUUGACUGGUAUUAUUGUUCCAAUUAUUGAUGUAUUGGUCAAUUUAAAACUCGAUUAGUGCUAGUAUAGAGUGCUGAGGGAAUUGAAUGACUACACUCAGGCCUCUCUUUUUGAUCAUUCCCAUAAUCAAUGUCAGCACCUUUGAAUUAUGGACAGUUCGCAGUGUUGAGGUCCAAAAGGUACUAAUCUUUGUGCGAUGUCUAAAUCUAUAACACUGAUAAUCUGCCGGUAUUGUUUUGGUUUAGCUAUUGAAACACACAAGGCACAAGUUCAUGAAAUGAGACAGCAUCAUGAGAAAGAGGUAUUAUGUUUAUUAUUAUGGUUAUUUGUUAUUACAAAACAAACUAAAAAUAAAUUUUAUCGCAUAAAAUGAUGGUUAGGUGCCACCUCAGUAGCCUCUUCAUUUGCAGACUAAAAAUUCAGCUGUCAUUUUUUUGUGAUAAAAAGGUUAUUUGCUCAAGAACUUAACUGAAUGGCUAAAGAAUACGAAUAACAAAAACAAAAUUUAGUAGUUGCAGCGCGAAGGAACCGUGAAGAUCAAGAGUAGAUAGGUGAUACUUGCAUCCAAUUUUUUGUACACCAAAGAAUUCUUAGCAUUAAGUUUGUUAGAAUUUCAGUCUAAGCGUAAUUAUUUCUUCCUGUAUUGCCAUCGUAAUGGCUUAAAACCCCUUCUAAUGGGUUGAUAAAUGUAUGAUCUUUUUGCAGGUGUGCGAGCUGAAGAAGUCUCAUGAAGAGGUUAUAGCGUCCGUUAAGGAGGCACAUAGAGAUGAAAUUGUGGAACUGGAGAGCAAACAUUCCAGUGCAACUGACGGUAAGUAGAGGGGACCGCGAUCGGGUGUGAACUUGUUUGGUGGGCAUGGGAAGUGUUUGUUGAAUUAGCUAUGAUGACUCAGAAACCUUUUUGAUGCGGUGCAUCAUCGUCAAAUAAAAAGUCAUCCAAAGGGAGAUCCUUCUCGUGAUCUCUUAAAUCCUGUUUUCCCCCACCCCUCCCACCCCCUUACCAUACUUUACUUUGUACUUAUAAUUGACGAACCGUUAUUGGGUAAGCAGUGUUGAAUUUUGAGCUUGAAGAAGAUAGACGCUUAAACUCACAGGCAAUUCUGGACUGAAAUCUGCUUUUUAGAACUUGUUGAAGAACACCAAGUGGAAAUUGAAACCAUCAAAGCUGAUUACGACGAACAGCAGUUAGAAUUCAAGGUGAGGCUGACUAGAAUACAAACUGGGACCAGUUCGGUAAUCUACGUUUAACAAAACAUUCUACAUUUUAUGUCGAGGGGUAGAUUUGGAGAAAAGGUUGUUUAUCUCGAAGAUUUAGAAAAUCAAUCUGUUAGGAUCGCCUAGCGUAGCUACCAUGCGAAGAAGACACGGAAAGACAAUUAAGGUGCGUUCCGGAGCAAAUGGGAAUCGACUGGAAGUGUACGUAGGUUUCAAGGAAAAUGGAAAACUUGAGACCAGGAAAAAAAAAACACUUUCAACAUAUAAAGGCUUUGCUUAAUAUCUCUGGUCAGAUGGUGGAGAGUUGAAUGCUCUAACGCCUAUCACCCAAUCACCCUUAGUCUGCCUGUUAUUUCCCUCCUUCUUCAAUGAUUCCAAUUAUUAAGCGGGAUGAAAAUAUGGAAUGUGUAACGUUUAACAAUGAAAUGGUAUGUACGUAAUAUAAAAAGACAUAAUUGCUUAAAGAGAUAAUGGAAAGGGAGAAAAAUGCUUUUUCAUGUGCGACAAUCAUUUGAAUUCCCUUAUAGGAAAAAUAUGACAAAGUAGUGAGUGACUGCAGCAUGUUGAACAAGAAACUUCAGCAAACGCAGGAUCAGAAUCAGAAGGAUAUUGAAACAAGGAUUCAGGUUAUUAUGUUUAUAAUUAUGUCAAUUAUAAAUUAUAAAUUAUACUUAUGUCGAUUUUGUCAAGAGCAGUUAUCUCGUUAAACUACUAGUUUUUUUCUCUCUCGCGCGCUUUUAAGAUUAGUUUUUUGUUAUCGAUCCAUUUAACAGCGCGCGUUAAGCUUAAAUGUUCCGUCGCCAGGCUUUUGGAAGUGUGACACAAGACUAGAAAAAGAAAGUGGAGUGAAAAAAAAAAUGGGAGAAAGGUUGAGUUGUGGUUUUGUUUGGGAAACUCAACUUUGUUUUGAACAUUGUCUGUUUCAGAAUUCAUUAAGAAUACUUUUCGGCGCCAUGUUGAAUGCACGGUAGCCAGCGCCAUUGUUUACUGUAUUUGAAGUCACUUAUCGUCUUUUCAGUCGCUUGUUCUGGUUAAGAAUGUACCACUGACGCCGUUGUUUGUAAGAAUGCCAUGAUCCUAAGUUGAACGUCUUCCAAAUACGCUGCAACUACGAUUCUGCAUUUUUUUUAGGAAGAGAUUAAGAAGUAUGAAUCGCUGCCGGCAGAACUUGACAGCCUAAAAGCCGUGCUUGAAAUGAAGAACGAGGAAAUAAAACGGCUGAGAAAGGAAAAGAUGGAGAAACACUUGGAGGUAUUUAAUAUGUACUUCCUGGCAUUUCCUUAUGUUGUAUGUUAUUUCCUUGCUUUUUCACUGCAAAGAGUGUUCUAAAUCAUACUCCAAGCAAAAUUAAAAAUUCUUUUAAAUGCUGAAAAGCAAGUAGCACCGUUUGUAUGUUUUUUCCAAUGUAAAAUUGGGAAAAUUGAGAAAUGAGAUUGAGAGUUGAGAUGUGAUCAAGGAACUAACGUUGUCGUAAAAUUAAUAUUAAAAACUUUUCGGUUUUAGCUGGAGAAACUAGAAGAUAUCAAGACGCAGACUCAAAAACUGCAACACGAAAACGAGUCACUAUCAUUCGUCGUGGAAACAAAGUCGAGAUUUGAAAGGUGAGUAUAUUUUAUUGAAGGGUGUGUGUAUUUUACUAACCUCGUCCGUCACUGAAAAUCAAGACGAACACAAGAAGUCUCGUAACAAUUAGAUAUUUGCAGGGGCAGCAAUCGCUUCUAGACUAGUCUGUCCCAUUUGAUUUCAUUUCAAAAAUCUCGCAUUCUGAAACUCAGCUAAUAGAAACCUUAAGGGCCUGUUAUUUAAAUGAAGUUUAGCCAGUGUUUAACAAAACCACGUUCAGAGCCAUUUUCAGUUUGCCCGACGCUUUAAUGGAAGCACCAUCCAUCGCGAACAGUUUCAUCAAAGCAUAUGGAUUAGACUAGAAAAGCAUUUGUCUUCUUCAAAUAACCCACUGAGGAAGAGAUCUGUAGGUCUAAAGAUUUCCUAAACUACGUUCUAAGUUAGACUUCGUUUAAAUAACCGACCCUAAGAUUCUAAACGACUGCUACGAGUACUAGAUUUUCUCAAUACUUAACGUAGUGCGCGCGUGUGAACCAGCGUAAUUUUGGCGGGAAAAUUGAUAGCCGUCGUCAUUCUACUACUAGUUCUAGCGAGAAUGUCGUUGAGACGUAAACAAUAUGUCAAAUGUCACAUUUCGUCUAGUAGACGUUUUAUCAUAAUUUUGCGACCGGGAGAGGGCUCAACGUCCUUCAGGAAUACAAAUAACAGUUCUAACCCUUCUGGUAAAAGCUUCCCGGUGGUGACUUUUUAAGAAUACGCAAAGAAACUUUAAGUUAAAUCUCUUCUUCGGAGUUGACUUUGUCCUCGAAUCUAAAUGUUUCUUAUAACGUCAUUUAGUACCACAGAAACUAAUGGGAUUCAAUUAAGGCCUUUCGAGGGUAAGUCUCCCUCGCAGCCGUUUUUGUCUCGUCACGCCAUGCUCCUCCCCUCUCUUUGCUGGGGAGGAGUGCUGCGUUACGAGACAAAAACGGCUGCGAUGAAGACUGUUGGAGCACUAGCCUUUUGUCAGAGCUAAUCGUGACCCCUAUUUGGUACCAAAAGAUUCAGUCUUUGAUAAGAUUUGAUAAGAAAGUUUGAGGUUCAUGGCCGGGUGAUGUGCGCAAACUGAAGACCCGCACCCAAUAAGUCAGCUUUGUCGUCUAUUUCUGAGACAUGCAAAUAGCGUUUUGAUGUAGUACCACAUGCGAAAUACUUUUAAAGUUAAACUGAAACUUUUUUUUCAUUUCUCUUUACUUAUAUUUCAGACAGCUUUCUGUUGAACGUGACUCGUUAAGGAACAGUUUAGAACGAGAGAGCGCAAAGAGUAAAAGACUUUCGUUAGAAAAUGAAGAACUGCAAUGGCGCUUAAUAAAUAGCACCAGUCCUCCAGGUACCCCAUCUGAUGACGGCCGCCCUCUGUCGGCUUCCAGCCGAAACAGCUUUCGUCUCUCAGCAAGUUUUCCUGACGUUGAAGCCAUAGAUGAGUAAAGAAAGACCGAUUUUGAGAAGUCUGCCUUUUCGAGCGCGCGCUGUACAAAUUCUGUGACAUUUAUGCAUCCUGAUCAAUACGUAUAACCUUUUCUCAACUCAGAAAUAAUUGUGCUUACCUUUAUAAGGUUAAGGAUGCCGCUUUAUAUAAUACGCUGUAGUAAAUCAAUGUUUACGUGCUUGCUUCGCCUUACUUGCGGUCGAAGUUUGGUAGGUGACCUUUGCCUUCAGGCCUCGAAUUAACACUUUUUCCUCAGUGCACAGUCAUUUAUAAACUGCGUGCCUUGUCAUACUGAAAUAAAUCAACACUGGAAUUACUCCGGUUACUGUAGUCCCUCUGUAAAACCGGCAUGACUUCAAACUUAGAUAGAACGUCAUGUUAAAUGAAACUAUUGAUAGGAAAUUGUAUUUUUAUAGGGGAAACAUAUCGUACCAAUUUGGCAAAGUAACAUUUCGCUCAGUUAGUUGGCAGCAUCCCCGUACUGCUUUACGUCGACAGUAAAAUCAUCGAAAAAAGAAAUGUUCACCAAGAACUAAAAAAAUUCCAUUGUUUACACCAACGGAAGCUCUUGGAAACACAAACGUCAACGAACAGAAAGACCAGCCAAAUAAAUGGAUGAAUAGGAAGAAUUUUAUGUGAAGUUAGUAAAGGAUGAGAAAUAUUAUUAAGAAUGAAUGAGACUGAAUGAUUUUCUGAUUUUUUUUAGUGAGUGAGUGAAUUUAUGUAUAUAAGCAGUAUGCAACCCCAUUCAGUUAGAAUAUUCUUGACACAAGUGAAAAAGGGGGCUUUAAAUUAACCAAUUUUAGCGGAAUUUUAAUGGUUGCUAAAGGUAGCUUUUCCGCAUAUUUAAUGAAAAUACUUAGAAUUGUUUUAAUGAAAUUCAUUGCGCAUCAUAGAUCUUUCUUCUGGAGUCAGUUGAAAUUUAUUUUGUUAAAGCUUUUUGCCUAUAAAGAUUAUUAUAUUUUCUUUCCCUAAUUUAAAUUUAUGCGGUGUUUUAUCGCUGCCGAACGAAAUUUAUUUUAGAAUUUGAAUUAUACCUAUAUUAAAAUAAUAAUUGUAUUAUGAAGUGAAAUAAAGAAUGCUUUUUCUUCAAGUUAUUGAUAUUAACUGAACGGUUUACAAUUAGUGCAUAUAGUGUACUGGCUAGAGAAUACGUUACAUGAAUAUAUUUUUUUAAUAUCUGUAUGUAAACUGAAAUAAAUAUACC